CAAAAAUGGAAAAAAGUUUUGGAGCAGCUUUCCUUGAGUAAAGCGUCAACUGAUGCCAAUGAGAAAUGGGCUUCUAAAGAGUGAAUACAGAACAUGUCUGGUUCAGCCUGCUCCCAACAAGGCCGCAUAAAGGAGCACACAAGAACAGCCACUACUUCUACUGGGUCUAUGGCCAGAAAGAAACCAUGGACAUGUAAUGUCUGUGAUAUAGGUUUUCGUCAAAAAACUCAGAUAAAGGUUCACAUGAAAAGUCACACAGGAGAGAAGCCAUAUACAUGUAAACCGUGUGAAAAAACGUUUUAUUCAUCUGGCCAUUUGGAAAAACACAUGGAAACGCACACAGGGGAGAAACCAUAUAAAUGUGAUAUUUGUGAUGCUGCCUUUUCUUCCCAGGAUAAAUUAAAGCAUCACAUCAAGAUUCACACAGGGGAAAAGCCAUAUAAAUGUGAACUAUGUGAAGCUGCUUUCCGAGAUAGUGGUGAUAUGAAGAAACACAUGAGAAUUCACACAGGAGAAAAACCAUUCAAAUGUAAUAUGUGCGAAAAAGCCUUUACUGUAUCUGGCGCUUUGAGAGGACACAAAAGAACUCACACGGGAGAAAAACCAUAUGAAUGUUACAUAUGUGGAGUAUAUUUCACACAGCAGUCUGCUGUUAUAAUACAUAUGAAAACUCACACAGGUAAGAAACCAUAUAAGUGUAGUAUGUGUGAUGCUACCUUCGCUGUUAAAAAGUGUGCAAUUAUACAUGAGCGGACUCAUACAGGGGAGAGACCGCAUAAAUGUGACAUGUGUGGAGCAAGCUUCUCUCAGAAAUGUGGUUUGAGAAUGCACUUGCGAACUCAUACUGGUGAUAAACCUUUUAAGUGUGAUGUGUGUAUGAAAGCUUUCUCUUCAAAGCAAUAUUUGGUGUUCCACAUGAGAAUACACACGGGCGAGAAACCAUAUGAAUGUGAUUUUUGCGACGCGGCUUUCACUACGGCAGGAGCAACCAAGAUCCAUCGCAGACAACAUACAGGAGAAAAGCCAUAUAAAUGUGAACUGUGCGAUUGUACAUUCUCAGCAGUGGGUAACUGGACGACACACAUGAGAACUCAUACAAAAGAGAAGCCAUAUGCGUGUACGAUGUGUAAGAAGGCUUUUAGCUCAUCGACUCACUUGAUAGUACACUUGCGAACUCACACUGGAGAAAAACCGUACAAAUGUGAUGUGUGUGAAUCUGCUUUUUCUCAGGUAUGCAGCCUGAAGAGACACAAGACAACUCACACAGGAGAGAAACUAUUUAAAUGCAACGUAUGUAAUGUAACUGUUGCUGAGAAAGGAACUUUGACAAAACACAUGCGAAUUCACACUGGAGAGAAACCGUACAAAUGUGAUUUGUGUGAUGCAGCUUUUAUUACUUCAGGUAACCGGAAAAUACACAUGAAAACCCAUACAGGAGAGAAACCGUUUAAAUGCGAUCUAUGUAAUGACACUUUUGCCAGCCGAAGUUCCUUAAAGUCUCAUAUGCGAACCCACACAGGCGAGAAACCGUAUAAAUGUGAUCAUUGUGAAGCUGCCUAUUCGAUGCCACAUAGUUUAAGGCUUCACCUCACAACUCACACAGGAGAGAAACCAAUUAAAUGUGAUUUGUGCCAAAGACGUUUUGCUGUUCAAGCCUAUUUGACAAAACACAUGAGAACUCACACCGGCGAAAAACCUUAUAAAUGUAAGCUCUGUGAAGCUGCUUUCCCCAGAAGUGACCGUUUGAAAAGUCACUUGAAAACUCACGUAGGACAGAAACCAUAAAAAUCUAAUCGUGGUAUAAGAGCUUUUCGAGAGCAGUGUCAUUCAAAGUCACAUCAAAACGCAGUAGAGGAAGAAGAUGUGUAAAAAAUUAUUGUAAUUGCUGGUCAACGUAUCUGCCCUUUCUAUCACCAAUGAAGUAUGGAAAUUUGUCAACCAUAAAUAACUACUUUCAGAAAUCUUCCACACAUUCAUCAGGUAAACAAGUAGUCGGAUGUACCUUGUGAGUUAAAGACCAUAGCAGUCUUGAUUGUCAUUUCAUGGAAUUACGACAUUACAAUUGUGUGACAGUUUGAAAAGAAAAACCAUGUAUGUGUUUAUCUAUAUUAUAAUUAUAAUAAUAUAAGGACAGUAUUCUCCAGUAACGAAGUGAAAACAUGGACAUGGAGGAAAGCGUGGUUGACAAAUUUACUCAAAUUUAUUUUUACAUACGUACUUUCAUUUCAUUUUUUCUGCAAGUCAGUUGAGAAAAUAAGUGCAAGUGCGGUCACAUCGUUUGUGUUUUUUCAAUAGUAACUAAUUGCCAUAUUCCCUGUGGUAAGCGUUUUGGAAAUAUAUUUUGACGGAAUUUUCCCUCCAAUUUAAACCGGAACUUCGGCAUUUUCUAAUUGGAGUUUUAAUUCGAAUUUCGAUGCAACAUUGCAGCAAUCUUUGCUUGUUAUUUGAGAAUCGUUUUACAUGUUUGUGCAAAAAAUAUUGUCAUAAUUGUUGUCAUUGAUAUAGUCACUAAUUGUGUAGUUAUUAUUAGUUUCACUGUUAUUGUUGUCACAGCAACCAAGUUCCUACUACGCUUGGGAGCAAGCACAGCCGUAGCUAGCGGGAAUGGGUAGGGGGAGGGGCAAAGCAGUUCCGUUCCCCUGGCCUUGACAGUACGUGCCACUGGUAUACUGCGCACUGUUAAUUGCCAGAACACAAACUGCAUAUUGCCUUGCACCCCCUGCCCAAGUGCAGAAUGAAUUAGCCACGGCCCUGACACGUUUAUAAUCGCGAGUUGUUUAAAAAAAUAGAUGGUAUACAAAGCCCUGCAACGGUGUCAGGGAUUCUACUAGUAUCCUUAAUAUUUAGUUGUUUUAUAAAUGGCCAAAUAGUAGCCAUUUUUAGUUGUGCAUCACCAAUGAAAAAACGAAUAAAAACGAAUAAAAUCACGUAAAAGUGCAAUU